GUCUGUCUCCCACAUCUUCUUUAUCCAGUCAGUGGGUGAAUUCUUAAGAUUUUGAAACAUUUGUAAUGUUUAAUAUAUUCUUUCAUCUGUUUCUUAAGAUUUCUUUAUGCUUUGGGGAAGCAGUGGAAGGAGCUACAUGGUAAUUUCACUUCAUCCACUUGGGACACUUUCUUUCAUCACCAACUAUAUGCCGGCCACUGUGCUAGGGACUGGUUACUUCAAACUGAUAAAACCCAAAAAGCAAAUUGUGGUAACUUUGAAACAUUUUGCUGUUUUUUUUAUACGAAACUGCCUGCUGUGUCUUGGCAAUUGCAAGAAUAAUAAAUAAAGUUUAUGAAUUGGGGAAGAAUGUGCAUUAAUAUAUUCAAAAUGCUUUUAUUUUUUCCAAAUGCACAAUUUUCAAGCCUUUAAAAAUCACCUCUUAUUUGUUAUGAGAAAGAACGUUCGUUAUAGGGGAGAUCAUGGAGUGUGAGUCCUCUGUACUUUGAGAACUUUGUCACUUAUACGCCCCCCAGCCUGGUAUCUCGGCCUUAUACAUGGUAGAAUGGGGUUUCUAGUCAGGUCCUGGAAACACCCGUGCAUCUGAGCCAGCGUCACACAGCAGGAGGAUUGCCGCCCGGGGCCUGACCCCAGCCCUGCGUUCCGCCUCUGCAGGGGUGACCUGGGUCAGGGUUGUGAAACGGUUAAAUAGAUCCAAGGUGGGCAGUAGGAGAUAUAGAUUCAUAUUGCACUUUACCACCAAUUUGCUUGGAAAAUUUGGAAAAUGAUUUAGUAUCUCAGUUAUCGAUAACAGUAAUCAGUCUCAGUGGUAACUUUCUGAAUACUCCUCAGUGCUAGCGCUGGGCUCAGGCGUCGCAGACCAUGCCAUCCCGGACCAUCUCUGUGAGGCGUGGUUCUGUCCAUCUCCGGCGGUGGAAGCAGAUUCCGCAAGGCUGAGCGAGAUUGAGGAUGGAAGAGCCACAGGGGUUUUUCUCCACUGGUGACGGCUGCGUCGGUGACACGGUCGCAGAAAGGUGUCUGGUCGAAUCUAAGGAGCCCGUGUCCCAUGUUCAGCUUGCUUGUGGCCUGUGGUUCUGCGCUUUCCCUUUAGAUGGGAAUGAACUUUGCGUGUGGAGCACCAAGGACCCUUCUGACCAGCCUCUAAUCCUAAGAGGACACCGUCAGCCGAUCACUGCUGUGACAUUUGGAAAUGCAGUGAGUCCACUUCUCAUCUGUUCCGCAUCACAGGAUUAUGUUAUCUUGUGGAGUCUGGAGGAGUGCAGACAGAAAGUGCUUCUAGGGCUGACUCCUCGAGGGCUCGUCCUGGGCACCCUUCUGGGGAAGGUGCUGUAUUUGAGGCUGAGCCCGGACGACCGAGCUGCUGCGGUGUGUGCCGGGAAUAAAAUCUUUAUGCUGGAUACCGAGAGCCGGUCUACACUAGCUGUGCUGGAGGGUCACCGGGGCCCCGUGACUGCAGCUGAGUUCUGUCCAUGGCAAACACAUAUCAUCAUUUCAGUGUCUGAAGACAGAAGCUUUAAGGUCUGGGACCGUCACGUGGGAUCACCACUGUACAGCUCAGCAGUGCUAACAGCCUCCCCGCUCCUGAGUCUCCUCGUGGAUGAAAAGAGCCAGCAGUUGGUGGCGGGAUGUGCAGACGGGCAGCUUUGGGUCUUCAGUUUGGUUGAAAGCCAUCAUUAUCGUUGUGUGACCCGAGUUGACCUAAAGAAGAAGAGAGAGACUUUCUCCAGGAGGGUCGAGUGCAGGUUGUACAGCCUGCCAGUUCUGUUCCUAGAGGAGAAUCGGCGUCCCUGUGCACACGGCCUGGAGAAAGGAGAGGACAUGGAAGGAAGCCUGCCUGUCCUGGGCCUGGCUCCCUGUGACCUUUCGCUCCUGCUCACUUCUGAGCGUGGAUGCCUGCCUUCUGAGAGUGCCCCGUGCCUGUGGGUUGGAAGCUCCUCUGGCUUACUCAUACUUAACUUGGCGAACUUCGAAUUGGAAGGCGUUUUACGUUACAAGGAUUUCAGGAGCCUCAGCAUUCAGGUUGCCGGAUCGUGCGCAGUGAUGAGCAAGGCCGGCGAGCAAAAGGCCAUCUGCUUGCUGACGUCCAUGUUUGGCGGUCAGAUCGCCGUGUUGGAAAUCCGUCUCGCGGCUCUGGUGCGGUCUCGGCAAGGUCUCGGCGCCGGAAGGAGCCUGUCGGUGCUGCCUCGUGGCUGUGUCCUGUCCACGUCUCCGCUGCACUUCAGAACUGCUGAGGAGCACAGGACCCCGCCGGCGCCUCAGCGACGGUCCGCGGUACGGAGCACCGUUCAGGACCAGCCUCUGGUUUUCCACGGCAAAGUGAGGUCAUCUGGGUAUGCGACCGCCCCGCACGUCACUAUGUUUUCACCCGAGACCAACACCAGGAAUAACGGUGACAGCCCUUCACGCCGCAGGAGCAGUCACAGGUGUAAGGAGUACCCUCUGGAGAGUUCUCCGCCAACCAGACUCCACAAGCAGCGUGUCGUUGCCCACGGGCCAGCCGCCGCGCUCUGUGUCCAGUUCUCGGGAGAUGGGCGGUGGCUGGCCUGUGGCUUAGCCAACCACUUGUCGCUGGUCUUCCGUGCUGAUCUUACUGGGACACCUGCUGUCUUCUCAGGUCACGACGGGGCAGUGAGCACCGUGUGCUGGAGUCAUGACGGCCGGUGGCUGCUGUCCACUUCCCUGGACGGGACGCCGAGGGUGUGGUCGCUGCGUAGGGCGGAGCUCGUGCUGUGUGUGGGCAGAGACCUGUUCCCGAAGCCCAUCCAGUCCGCCCAGUUUUACUACCUGGACGCUUUUAUAUUGUGUUCUGCUGGCCCUGAACUUCAGCUCCUGAAGUGUCACAUUGACACGAGCAAGGAUGACAUAAGAAGGUACAAACAAAGGAGCAGGUGCAGGCCCGUUUUCAGGCUCCCCACAGCUGGCCCAACAGAGAUCACCAGCCUGUCCGCCGUGAACGACUUUUAUUCCUACCUGGUGCUCACCGCGGGCCGGGACAAGACCGUGGAGGUGUUCGACCUCAAUGCGGGCCGCAGUGCAGCCGUGAUAGCGGAAGCCCAUUCACGGCCUGUGCACCAAAUCUGUCAGAAUAAGGGUUCAUCAUUCACGACCCAACAAUAUCAGGUUUAUAACCUUUUUGCCACCACAGCCAUUGGCGAUGGGAUAAAGCUGUGGGACUUGAGAACCCUGAGAUGUGAGCGCCGUUUUGAAGGACAUCCGAACCACGGAUACCCAUGUGGAAUUGCUUUUAGCCCUUGUGGACGCUACGUGGCUUCUGGUGCAGAGGACAGACACGCGUACGUGUAUGAAAUGGGCUCGAGCACGUUUUCUCACAGACUGGCCGGACACACGGACACCGUCGCUGGCGUGGCCUUCAGCCCGUCAGCCCCCCAGAUGGCGGCAAGAAAAAUACAUGUGGUCCUUGGAAGCAGAGCCCAAAGUCCGUGUGAUCGUAUUCGAGCCGGUAACAGGAAACGAGAAAAUCAUUUCCUACAUACAACACCGUUCAGUAUUUCUCAAGCAAAAAUCACUUGAAUUGCCUGCUUUGUGUCCUACUUCAUCACAGUCGGAGUUAGAUAAUACACAGUUGUACUCCGCUACAGGAUUUGGGGGUUCUCUUUCAGGACCUUUCAUCAAAGUUACGUCUGCAUCUAAUAAUGUAUUUGUACGUGUACAUGCAAUUUUUAUUACCCUUUCCAGGGAGGAGAAAUUUUGAGGCUUAAGUUACAUCUGUAAUGCUUUUCUCAAAAAUAAAACCCGAAAGCAAUAUUA